UCAGCAGCUUCAGGAGGGCACAUGUCUUUCCUCACGCGCUGACUCUGAACAGCAGGAAGUAAACAGGAUAUACCCGGCGAUAUUAAAGAAAGAGAACAUACCUCUGUAUCACGAGUAACGAUGGAGGAAUAUAAUUCUGGAGAUGAGGUUGUUUUCAAUGCCGAUGAGGUCAAUGUCUCAGUUAAAGAGUGUGUCGAAGGUGUUAUUGGUGGAACAGAUUACAACCAGAGUAAAGUGAACCAGUGGACGGCCAGUAUAGUGGAGCACUCUCUGACUCACCUGGUCAAACAGGGGCGGCCCUUCAAAUACAUAGUAAACUGUGCGAUCAUGCAGAAGAGCGGCGCUGGUCUCCACACAGCCAACUCCUGCUACUGGGACACGGCCACUGAUGGAAGCUGCACAGUCCGGUGGGAGAAUCGCACCAUGUACUGUGUGGUCAGUGUGUUUGCUGUUGCGGUGUCGCUGUGAGCUGCUCUCUCCUCACUCGUGUCUGAAGCUUGAAAUGGCACUGUGUCCAAGAAGCCCUGAAGAUCCUCUGACGAUACCGGCCUCUGUAUGUACAAGUAGCUUAAUUCUCCCCGCAGGUGUGAACAACAUAACGCCAUAAUGGAUAAAGAGUUGUGGUUUGAGUCGGCAGGCUGUGUUUCCUUGAGAAAAUGUUUCCAUGUAGGGACCAGGGUCAGAAAGCAACCCUGAAGCAAUGCUUUAAGAAAUGACACCUCAAACAUUUCAUGUUCUUUGGUCAGCCCAGCCGAUGUUGAGAAGUGAAAACUAUGUUUCUCUCCGUAUAUCUUAGAUGUUAUUAUCUGAUGUAAAACUUGAUUUGUUUUUAGCCAUGCUAGCAGCAAGGCUCUGGGGGUGGCAGUGUACACUAUUGGAUGGAUUGCCAUGAAAUUUGCCACACACACAUUCAAGUCCCCCUCAGGACUUUGAUUUAAGAUCAAAUACCUGCAGAACCAACUGCAUUCCCAUCAGAAUCAGCUGUACUUUGUGUUUAGAGCUAAUUAUCGAAUGUUAGCAUGUUAGCACGCCAAACUAAGAUGGUGACAUUAUACCUGCUAAACAUCAGCAUGUUAGCAUUGUCAUUGUGAACAUGUUAAAAUGCUGACGUUAGCAUUUAGCGCAAAGCACUGCGUGAUUAAGUCCAGCCUCACAGAGCCGCUAGCAUGACUUUAUACUCUUAUUCCUCUCCUUCUUGAAAAGUUUGUUUGAUAUUUAAGAAAUGUCUAACUGUUGUGUUUUAGUAGCUACCUACUUGCAUAAAGUGUCUCUACUAGUCUAGUAUUAAUGUUUUAAUGAUUGGUCUGUAACUGUGCAGAUACAAGUUAAUUUCCCUGGAUUAUGGAGUUGAAUGGUCAACACUACUAAUGCACUUUUUCUAGACUUUCUCCUUAGAAAUCCUGGAACUCUCCUGUAAAACUAAGUUAAUAAAGGCUGUUUAAUAAAUUAAUUUAUUGGAACAUCUACAGUGCAUACAUUAAAUGUAAUAAAAACCCAGUUUUUGCAUCUGA